CCCUCCCCCUCCUCACCCUCACCUCCCUUACAACCCCAGCUGUCUCACCCCCCUCCCCUCCCCGUGCUAUGACGCUGGACGGCUCGGUAACAACUGUAUGAGCGCCACGCUUGGUCGACACAGAGUGAGACAGGCUGCUCCAACAGAGGCUUCUGGAUGCAGUGUCUCCUGUGGCUCAGGUGAAAGAGGACGAGCAGGUUGUCAGGAUGAAGGAGGAGAAUUUGUUCCAUCGGAGGUUUUCUCUGUGCCCCAAUGCCACCUCCCCACCCAAAAUUGACCCCCGCGCCCUCACCCGGAACCUGUCUUACGGAGGAGACGAUGACCUCUACAACCUCAGCCCAGGCAGUGAGACAGACAGGAACGGUCUCUCCAUGCUGAGUAAUGAACUUAGUCCUGCCCAAUCACCAGGCAGCAAGUCUGAGUCCAGGAUGUUCAAUGGUGUUGAGAAGGAGUGUCCCUCCCCCACAGAAAAGCUGGCUCGGAAGGAGUCUCUCAAGGUCCAAAAGCAGAAUUACAGGCAAGAAAAAAAACGGGCAGCUAAAGAACUGUUUAGCGCACUAAAGGAUCCCAGUGUUGUCAUCAUGUCCAACUGGCUAAAGAUCCGUGGCUCUUUAAAGAGUUGGACCAAGCUGUGGUGUGCCCUAAAGCCUGGAGUUCUUUUGAUCUAUAAGACCCCCAAAACGGACCACUGGGUGGGCACCAUCCUGCUCAGUGCAUGCAAGCUGAUCGAAAGACCUUCCAAGAAGGACGGCUUCUGCUUCAAGCUCUACCACCCACUGGAUAAAUCCAUCUGGGCUGUCAAGGCAUACAAUACAAACGUGUUUGUGUUCCCUGAUUGUAGCCAGUCACAUUCAGAACAAGUGAAUGAGAGGUGGAAAAUGAAGGAGGAUAAGGAUGAUGAGGUGCUUUCUAACCUUGGGUUUCACUUCUCUGUUAGGUUAAAUGACACUGUGCUGCUGGGCAAUCACCACAUGGAGCAUGACGGGUUUUCAGACAAAUCUGAGCGCGAGGCUCAUGAUGACUGGGACACUACUGCCAAUGAGAUUGGUGGAAGGCUAACAGAGGAGAGCGACAUGGACCAAUCAGACGAGCUGUCCCCCGGGCCACAGGCCACAGCCUAUGUAGAGCAGAGCACAGAGGAAAUGGCUGAGGUUGGGGAGGCGUCCCAGGUGGAAACUGUAUCAGAGGAGAACAAGGGUCUGAUUUGGGGCCUGCUGAAGCAGCUGCGGCCAGGCAUGGACCUGUCCAAGGUGGUGCUACCCACCUUCAUCCUGGAGCCACGCUCUUUCCUGGACAAGCUUUCUGACUAUUACUACCACGCGGAUCUGCUAUCACAAGCUGCACUGGAGGAGAGUGCAUACGGUCGGAUCAAGCAGGUGUUGAGAUGGUACUUGUCUGGCUUCUACAAGAAGCCUAAGGGUCUGAAGAAGCCUUACAACCCAAUCCUGGGGGAAACAUUUCGCUGCUGCUGGCUUCAUCCUCAAACCAACAGCUGCACUUUCUACAUAGCUGAACAGGUGUCCCACCAUCCGCCCAUCUCUGCCUUUUAUGUCUGCAAUAGGAAGGAUGGUUUUUCUAUCAGUGGGAGCAUCCUGGCCAAGUCCAAGUUCUAUGGUAACUCUCUGUCAGCUAUUCUGGAUGGCAAAGCCAGGCUGCUGUUUAUAAGCAGGGGUGAGGAGUAUGUCAUCACCAUGCCCUACGCUCACUGCAAAGGUAUCCUGUACGGCACUAUGACACUAGAGCUGGGUGGGAAGGUUACCAUUGAGUGUGAGAAAACCAAAUGUUUCACAGAGCUGGAGUUCAAACUCAAGCCUUUCCUUGGAGGCGCCUGCUCUGUAAAUCAGAUCAGCGGGAAGAUCUCAGUGGGAGACGAGCUGCUGGCCACCGUUGAUGGACACUGGGACAGUGAGGUGUUCAUUCACGAGAAACGUUCGGGACAGCAGGAGACGUUGUGGAACCCGAGCCCAGACAUUCGUGGCAGCCGCCUCAAGAGACAAGUGGUCCAAAUAGACCAGCAGGGAGAGUUUGAGUCUGAAAGACUGUGGCAGCAUGUGACCAGUGCCAUCAUGGAUCGGGACCAGCUGCGGGCCACCCAGGAGAAGUUUGUGCUGGAGGAAGCUCAGCGGAGAGAGGCCAGGGAGAGAGGAGACAAAGCCUGGACCUCACGACUUUUCCAUCAGGACCCCGUCACAUCCGAGUGGACCUACAGGCACAUGGACACGCAGCCGUGGGACCCCGAGCGCUGUCUGGUUCAGUUUGAGAAGGACGGAGUGAUUCAGACGCACGAGAAAAGCCAGAGGCAACACAACGGACUCUCCUACAGCCACAGCUGGGCCAGCCAGCAAAAGGCUGAGUUGAAUGGGAAACGCAGGAAGGCCAGCAGCCAGCCGUCCAGCUGCAGCCAGAACACCGAGAGCAGCAGCACCACACCAGAGCCCACACACGAGUCCUCGGACAAUGAAGGGUUCUCCAACCAGUGUGCACGGUGCAAUAAAGAGGUGAAGGACAUUGCCAUGAUGGAGGCCUCCAUCACAUCAAUACAGAAGACACAGCAGGACAUCCAGAGGAACCUGGUGGCUCUCAGUCGUCAGUUGACUCGUCAGAGGGCGACAGACGAAGGCGUGUCGUUAACAGGCCGUCACUGUCUCAUCCUCUGCGUUCUGCUCCUCUCACAGCUCCUCCUCAACUACGUCUUCACCUGAGCACGCUCCACGGGGGAGGAGUUUCCCUCCUCCGGCACUGAUCUGGCAUCAGAGCCCUCCAAAAAAAGCACAGACACUAAUCAGCAGAUGAGGGCAGAGACCUCAGAUCAGUCUUAGGAGGGCAACUUUGUCCCUUUUUGUUUCCUCUAGGAAGGGAGGAGCACAGACAUUAUAGCAAUAAACACAGCCACAGCCACCGCCUGUCAGUCAUCUGCAGAGAGGAACGGCACCCCCUAGUGUAGCCAGACUGAAACAGCACCGGCACCCACGCACUUUGGACAGGAAAGGAGGGAUGAAAGACAAGCACGGCUAAAAAAAGAAUUUUGAAUAAAAAAUAUAAAAAUGUAUGAUGAAUGAUUUUACAAAAAGAAAUGACAGAGAGGAUGUUUCACCAUUCCUUAGUGUCUUUUUAUAUUGCCCUGCAAUACCGUCUAUCUGUUAGUGUGCCUGUAUGUGUGUUGUUCGUACCUACAGUACACAGUAGGCCCUAUGGGCGCAGGCAGAUCACCGCUUGGACUCCUACUACACUUCCACUCCAGAUUUUUGGGCCUUAACGCUAAAGCCAAAAAGAAGAAGAGAAACACAACAUAUAAAAACGAAGAAGGAAUAUCUUCCAACAGUGCAAUUCUGUGUGUUUUGUAUUGAUGUACGCUCAAUUACACUCUGUCUCAUCUUUUAAUGAUGAUGAUUUUACCAAAACAGUAUUUAUAAUCCGAAAGGACAAAGAGUACUUGUUUACAGGGAGCACUCUGUGUGUUUGUAGUGACACGUAGGAAGGAAGGAUAAUGGGGACGAGGCAGGGCAGAGAGCCAAACAGAGUGUCUUUGUAUUUGUGUGCCUGUAGUGCUGUAACAGAAGGGAUAAUAGCAUAGCACUGCUUAGGUCUAGACCAUGACACUAGUGUGUACAAUCAGUUACAUAGAGAGGCAGCGUGUAGAGGAAGGGACAGAGGGAACAAGUGGGGGGAAGAAAAACAAGAAAGAUUCUCUGGCCUAAUAGAAGUGGUUUGUGUGUGCAUCUUGGUCCACACCACGUUCAAGUGACUGUUUUAAGAUGUAAACACUUAAUCAAUUGUUUUGUUGUUUUUUUUCUUUUAAUCAAUUUGUAUAUAUUUGUCUGGAUGUGUCUUUGUUUCAAAAAGAGAUUUCAGAAUGUAUUUAUUGGGUGAUUAACCUUGACUUUCCUAAUCUAAUUCAGCUUGGAGGACGGAGACCAGGGGUGACAAUCGCUCUCCCAGGGUUGUGUGGGUUUGUCACAUUUUCUGUAUAUAUAUGUAUGUGUGUGUGUGUGUUUGUGUGUGUGCGUGAGGGAGCACAUGUGUGCAAGUAAGCCAUUAUGGUUGUGCUAUACAAAGCCAGAUCUGUGAUCUUGGCUUUUACUGGUUUUUAACCCUUGCAUUUCAGUCUCCAUUGCCAGUACUGAUCUACCCAAUGGGAGAGACUCAGCGAGCACAAAGAAGGAAGUCGACUCUUUGAAUGCUUUUAUUUACACCUUAAUUUGUUUAUUCGUUUCAUUAUUUUUCUGUUUUCUAUUCUACUGCCAUGUUGUGGAGAUUCUACAUGCCAGAUAUUUUCAUCAUAUGGAACGAAACUACACAGAACAUGUUGCCCAAUGUUUUCAUUCAUACCUGUUGCAUACUGUAGCACUACAGUAAAACCUUUUAACCCUG